UCUGCCAACGAUUCUGCCGCUGCUCUGCUCCGGUGGCGCUGCGAAAGAGUUACUUUAUCUUGUGAUUGCUGAGAAGUUUUAGAUUCAGUUGAGCAUAAACAUUCCUACGGUGUGGUGGUAGAAUCCAGCCAGAUCUGCGCGUCUAUAUCCAAUUCGAAUUGGGCAAUAAUAAACAGCGAUACAGCGAGUCGAAAGUGAUUUUUCUGAGCGUGUGCAGCCAAUAAAGUGAUUUCGAUAGGCCCGAGCGCAGUAUGCAACAUCCUGCGGCGAGCCUCUGACCAAACGAACUGAACUGAAUAUUACACCCACCAAAGCCCAUCAUUUUGGAUACUUCAAGUUUUAACUCAAGGAUAAUCGAGGACUGAGUCCAAUACCACCAUCAUGAGCAUGAACUACCACAACUACAACAGCAGCUCGCGAUUCGAAAUGGUCGUGGAGAUAGCCAAUAUCGCGCUGGAUGAGUUCAAGACCCAUCACAUAUCGCGCAACUACACGGGCCUCGUGCAGCGGUACUACCAGCUGGUGGAAGAGGAUUACGGCGACCCGCGAGCAACGCGCUUUCCGCUGAUGGAGCACCCGAUGUUUACCUUUGGCAUGGUGGCCAUCUACUUGUCCUGGGUCCUGGUCAUAGGACCACUUUUCAUGCGCGAUCGCAAGCCCUUCCAGCUGCGCCGCACCCUGGUCGUCUACAAUGCCUUCCAGGUGGCCCUCAGUGGCUAUAUGUUCUACGAGCACCUAAUGGCAGGCUGGCUGAACUACUACAAUCUGAAGUGCCAACCGGUUGACUACUCCGAUAGUCCCAGCUCCAAGCGGAUGCUCAACCUGUGCUACCUGUACUACCUCUCCAAACUGACCGAGUUCGCCGACACCAUGUUCUUCGUGCUGCGCAAGAAGUCCUCCCAAAUCACCUGGCUGCACGUGUACCAUCACUCGGUCACUCCGCUGGAGACAUGGGUGCUGGUCAAGUUCCUCGCAGGUGGAAACGCCACAUUCCCGAAUCUGCUGAACAACUUUGUGCACGUGUGCAUGUACUUCUACUACAUGAUGGCCGCCAUGGGACCCGAGUACGCCAAGUUCCUGUGGUGGAAGAAAUACAUGACCGAGCUGCAGAUCGCCCAGUUCGUGCUGUGCAUCUUCCACACCCUCCGCGCCCUGUUCAGCAACCAGUGCCAGUUCUCCAAGUUCAUCUCGGCGCUGCUCCUGUUGAAUGCCUCCAUUUUCUUCUGCCUCUUCAUGAACUUCUACAUGCAGAGCUACAGGAAGACCAAGGCGGCGCAGCAGCUGCAGCAGCAGCAGAAGCAGCAGCAACAGCAACAACUUGAUGCCACGCCCUGCAAGGCGGACGACAACAAUAACACGGCGAUGGUGGCGCAAAAGCUGAAAGCCAACUGAAUUGAAUAGCGAAAGCAGUCAGAAAAGUGCUUCCAGGGAUUGCCCAACAGAGGGGGAACAAAUUUGACAUAAACGGACCAGAUUGGUGAUGGCAACGGACGGAACGGAAGUAGUUUUUGGUACAAAGGUUUCAACUAACGCUAAGCUAAGCUUAAGAGCCAUAAAUACACGAGCGUGCACACACAGCCACAUCCACCCACAGAAGAGAGGAAGUCCGCCUGCCGAUGAUGGAUCGAUCGAGCAUGGGGAACACGGGGCGUAUGCGUAAUUUCAAUUAUAACUUGAUGAUUAUCCCCUUGCUAGCUUCGCUUGACUGCUUCGCUUUGCAUCGCAUUCUCGCCAUCUGUGGCUGCAUUCGCAUGUGUAGAACCGUACAAUAAACUGGGUCAAUUUUCGAGAUCUGCCUAAUGUGUAAGUCGCCUAAUUCUAGAACCUCACGAACGAAGCGCGUUUAGUUUUAAAUCCCCUUAGGCUAAGUGAUUAUUGUAAUUGUAAUUGUGUAUAGACGAUUUGUAAAUAGCCUGUUAAAUGUUAAUGUUAAAUAUUUGUAGUCCUAAGCCAACUAGUCUAACUUACAACAUUCGCACGAACAAAUACGGCGAGCACGAAAUUAAAAGCCAAGACAAAUAAAAACGAAGAAAAGAUAAAUAAAAUUAAAACGAAAAC